UGUAUUCUCACAGAGAAACAAAGGGCAUAUCUUUAGUCACAGCUGAUUACAAGAGAAAUUCUUGAGAAACAAUGAAGCAAUGUUUCCAGUGGUGUCAUUCACUCUAGAUAUCAGGGUGUGAUUCUUGCACAUCUAUUUAUUUGGAAGGGUGAUUUACCAAUGCCUUCAAAAAUCUGGCCUGACUAGAUUGCACCCACCUGGCUUUCAAACACCUACAUCCAGUUCAGGUGAGUAAGGUGUUGUGUGUAGACAUGGCUACACAGGUGGGAGUAAACUCAGGUGAGAGCGGGCAGACCUCCUCUCCGGGGGCCAGAAAGCCCAAUUUAGCCCCUAAACCUCACCUCAUGCCCAAGCCUUUCACCCUGGAGAAGAAACCCAUCCGUCAAAUAUCCGCUCCAAAGCCUUCAGUCAGUAAGCCAGCCCUGCAAACCACUGCCCCAGCUAAGCCGGUGCCAACCACUACCCCAAAGCCCACUCCGAAUGUCCCAGGGAAGCCAGGCAUUUCCAGUAGCUCUCAACUAGAGGUGACUGCUUCCACUCCAGCAGUCAGUCCUAAGCCUACUCCAGCUGUGGCGCCAAAACCAGAGAAAGCCAUUCGCGAUCCAGUUGUUGCGGCCCAUGCUACUCCAGAAACCACUGCCCCAAAGCCUGAACCAGCGAGCCUCUCAAAAGCUCCCCCACCUGUGGCACCAAAGCGCACACCUGUCGUGCCAACCAAACCAGACCACGCCAACGUUGUCAAGUCAGACUUGCCUAAAAGUAGUGAUAACAGCGAAGGUAGUCCAGUCACCACAGCAGAGACGAACCUACCAAAGACCACUGAUGCUGGCGUGAAGCUAAGAACCAGGGUUAAAUCUGUAGGUGCGUCAGAUCGUCAACAGCAUGAAGAGGCUCUAAAAGAAGGCCAGGAACCUGACAUAGCUGAGUCCAGCCCAACCACAGAGACCUCAGACGGCAAGACCAACCCCCGAUGGCCCCGCAAGCGUCUUUCGAUGGAGCUGACCUCCAGGUUCGAGUCCCUAUCCGUCCCACCUGCAGUUCCCCUUCGGCCAAGCAAGGACAACAACCAGGAGCGGUCGGGCAAAAAGGAGACCCCGACCGUUGCCCCGGGAGGGCUCAAAGACCGAGGAUCCGAUGCGGUUCAGACCCCUCCAGAACCGGACCAGAAGCCCAAACCCACUAUGGUGCCCAGGAGAGAGUGGCGGAAAAGCGAAGAGAAGGAAAACGAAAAAGAGAACGAGACAGAGAAAGAGAAAGAGAAAGACAAGGACGACUCCGGUGGCGGCUCCAUUAAACGGCGCAUCAGCAUGCUGUUGGACUCCUCGGCGGCCUCCCAGCAGCGAGAGUCCACCAAACGAGAAGAGCAACCGCCAGCGGAGUCACCUGCAGAGAUCUCUGUGGACGUCAAGCAGAGGAUCAAAGAGCUGAAACUGGACGUUGGAGCGUCACCAAACACCACGAGAGGCUCUCCAGCCCAGAGACCAUCAGAGAAAUCGCCCGGCGGGUCUGCAGAGCCCUCAGCCGAAGGAGGCACGGCGACGACCCCGGUCCUGGUGGAGUACGCCGUGGACAGCGUACCUGCCGUAGGUGUGGUGUGUGCGGUCAGCGAGAGCGUGGCUUUGGCUCCGCUGGAGGACAAAGCACAGACCCUCCGCCGCUCUGGAGGGCCUGGUGUGCUGACCAAGCAGGAAGAGGAAUCGUCUGGGGAGGAAGAUGAGGAGGAGGAGGAGGAGGAAGAGGAAGAAGAUGAACAGGUAGAAGGGGGAGAGGAAGCCAUAGAGUCCAGCCCAAUGCCUCUCUACCGAAGAAAGGGUCUCUUUGAGAGAGACACAGAGCGGGAGAAGGAAGAGAAGGAGCGAGAGGAGGAGACGCUCAGGCUCAGGCAAAAAGAAGAGAAAGAGAGGGAGAGACUGAGAGAGAUCGAGCAGGAGAGAGAGAGGGAGAGAAUACGGCGGGAGAAGGAGUGCAAAGAGGAGGAGAAGAGGAGACAGAAGGAGGAGGAGGAGAGAGAGAGACUCCGAGAGGAGGAAAGGAAAAGAGAAAUGGAGGAAGAGAUGGAAAGGCAGAAGAAAAAAGAGGAGGAAGAGAGGCUAAAGAAGGAGGAGGAGGAGGAAAGAGUGAGACUGGAAAAGGAGAGAGAGAGACAGAGAGAAGAGGAGGAACGAAUAAGAUUGGAAAAAGAGAGGCAACGGCUGAGAGAAGAGGAAGAAAGGAUUAGGUUGGAAAGAGAGAGGGAAGAGGAGCAGAGAAGACAGAAAGAAGAGGAGGAAAGAAUACGACUGGAGCGGGAGAGGGAGAGAGAGGAGGAGAUGAGGAGACAAAGAGAGGAGGAGGUGAGGAGGCAAAGAGAGGAGGAGGAAAGAAUAAGGGUUGAAAAAGAGAGGGAGAGACAGAGAGAGGAAGAAGAGAUGCUGAGGCUGGAAAAAGAAAGGGAGAGGCAAAGAGAAGAGGAGCGAGAGAGAGCGAGACAGAAGGAGGAGGAAGAGCGACUGAAACAGGAGCGAGAGAGGGAGAGACAGAGAGAAGAGGAGCUACGGAAAGAAAAAGAGGAGGAAAGGAUGAGACUUGAACGAGAGAGUGCAAGACAGAAGGAGGAGGAAGAGCGACUGAUACAGGAGCGAGAGAGGGAGAGACAGAGAGAAGAGGAGCUACGGAAAGAAAAAGAGGAGGAAGAAAGGAUGAGACUUGAACAAGUGAGGGAGAGACGGAGAGAGGAAGAAAAGUUGCAAGCGGAGAGAGAGAGAAAAGAGGCAGAAGAGAGACAGAGACAGCUGGAGAGAGAAAUGGAGAGACAAAGAGAGGAGGAUGCAAGACAGAGGGAGGAAGAAGAAAGACUGAAGAGGGAAAGGGAGAGGCAGCGAGAGGAGGAAGAGAGACUGAGACUGGAAAAAGAGAGAGAAGAGGAGAGGAAACGACAGCAGGAACAGGAAGAAAGGGACUGGCUCGAAAAAGAGAGGGAGAGACGGAGAGAGGAAGAGGAACGACUCGAGAGAGAAAGGCAGCGACAGAGAGAGGAGGCAGAGAAGCAAAGACUGGCUGAAGAACAGCAGAGACAGCUGGAGGAAGAGAGGAAGAAGAAGGAACAGGAGGAUAGAGAACGAGCCCUCGAACGAGAGAGAGAAGAACAGAGACAGAGGGAGCAAGAGAGAGAGAGAAACACUAUGAGAGAAGAAGAGAAGCAGUCAGCGCCAGUGAAAGAGGAGGUGGCAACAUGCGAUGAUUUGAUCAAUUUUGACAUGGAUGAGCCACCGUCCGCCCCAGCGGCCGAGUCCGUCCCGUCCGGUGCUGCCUCCCACACUGCCCCCCCGCUGGAGCCGGACGUCACCUAUGACAACCACUCGGCUGGGACGUUCCGGAGGUGGGGCACCAAACCCAGACCUUCACGCAGACUCCCCCAGGAUGAGAGGCCCUCUGCUGGGGUCGAGGUGUCUGUGGAUGGAAGCCCCCUGGAUGAUGGCCAGUCUUUGAUUGCAGCUGAGCCGCGUGCUGCAGAGCCAGAGCUCAGACAGCCCACCCUGGCGCCCUCUGCUCAGGAGGAACAGGAAGAGACCAAGGAAAAGCUCAAAAGUGCAGUGGACGAGUCCAGGGUGCAGGACACUGAUGCUUUGAUACCAGAUUCCGAGACCCAUGACGACACCCAGGAACCAGACAAUAGCCACACUGCUGAAAGAGCUAAAUCCCCAGAGAUCGUCGUGCCUGAGGUCACAGCCACUGAAGAUGAACCUGAGGCUGAACCUGUGGCUGAAGCUGAGGCUGAACUUGAGGCUGAAGAUGAAGCUGAAGAUGAAGCUGACAUGGUGGACAAUGACCUUCCCUCAGAGCCGGAGCCAGAGCCAGAGCUCCCUCCCUUCCCUGAGGUCACGACGCCUCUGCUGGACUCCACGGUUCAGCGCUCCAGAGUGGACCUGGGGAAGAGGAGGAGCACACGAACACGUCCCCCCAAAGCCAGUCGCCAGAGCGCCGCCAUGCCGACGGUAGAGGAGGGCUCCGCCCCUGACUGGAGGUUCUGUGACAGCGCAGAUGGAAAAAUGCCUUCGUCUAAAGAGGAGUCCAGCUCCGAGGAUGAGCAACCUCGAGAGAAAGAGGCGACUCCUACCCCCUCCCAACCUCACAGAGUCGCCCUGCCAGGGAUGGACGCUGCCUCCCUGAAGGCUCGUCUGUUUGGGAGCAAGAGACGAAGUGGGGAAGGAACAAAAGGUGUGCGCACUGAUGCGAAAGUGCCUUUGUCUAAAGAGGAGGAGUCAAGCUCUGAGGAUGAGCAGCCGAGAGAGAAGCAGGCGACUCCUACCCCCUCCCAACCUCACAGAGUCGCCCUGCCAGUGAUGGACGCUGCCGCCCUGAAGGCGCGUCUGUUUGGGAGCAAGAAACGAAGUGGGGAAGCAGCAACAGGAGGAAAAGGAGGAGGAGGAGGAAAAAGGAGGAGGAGGAGGAGGAGGAGAUGGAAGAGAAGGAGGAGAUGGGGACAGUCCGAAAGACGGAGCCUCCCCAUCACCCCCCGUCCCGGCUGCCCGCUCCCCCCGAGUACCGCCCCCUGUGGGAGCAAAGGAGGGAGGGAGCAGCCCCUCACCACUGUGGCUGAAGGAGCUGAAGUCCAAGCAGCGGCUGAGCCAGCAUGGUCAGCCUGACGCCGACGUGUAAUCUGGUCCAACAGGAAGUGACAUCAGAAGAUGGUGCCUUGCUGAAUCCCAGGUGACACCGAUGCUGCUGCUGCUGCUAUCGCUGAGCCUCCUUCCUGACCGCCAUGCACCGUGCCUUCUGGAACUUUCUCACGAGUUGACCACCCAUAGCAGGACAGUGGUUGGGGCAGGGGGCGACCUCCUCUUGCUCAGUACCAUCAGUGGAUCCCUGGGUUUGCGACCUCCGGGUCAAAAGGUUACUCAAACUUGAAGAGACUCUACCAUCCAAAAGGACUGACUGACGUGCUGGGACACAACACAAUGCUAAAGGAGAAGAGAUGUGGAUGCAGUGAAGACCACAUAAGACCACUUUAGUCUUCUUCAAGAUGCACUUUAGGGAGAUGAGACCACAGGACUUUAAGUGCCUCCAAACUGAGUUUGGUUCUUUUUUUAAUUUUUUGUAAUCCUGGAUCGAAAAAAAAAAAUGUAUAUGCUUUGCGAUGACUAUGCAUUAAGCAAGCAGGUAAACACCACGUCAAACCUCUGUAUAUUUGCAGAUCUCCACCAUAGAAUACAUAUUAAUCACUCUUGUCGUUAUGUUCACUUGCUCUUGUUGCUGUACAUACACAUUCCCAUGUCUGUUGAGAAGCUAACGCAAAUGAAUGCUAAAGCUAAUUCAGUCUUUUCCUAUAUGUGCCAGUAAGAGGCCUUCUGUGCCCAGUGUUUCUGGGUCUAUCAGUCUUGAGACUGAGGGGUGCAGGAUGAGGUAGCCUCAUAUCUGAUCCCAGGUCAGCUAUUCACAUCCUGCUAUGCCAAAUGGAGACAGUCAGUCAACCCCCCCUGUCCCGUUCGCUGCCAUUAUCUGUGUGUCUUGCCAUUCUGUCCCAGCCAGUGCCAACUGCCACCGAUGCUGGCGCUGAUGCAAUCGCUGGGCACUCCCCUGGCACCACUCUUAAUCCAGUUUCCAGAACCGCUGCCAUGCCACUGCCAUGGCGUGAGCACUUUUGUUGAGACCUCUGAUUGGCUGCCAUGAAAAUGAUUCAUUUGUAAUUUUACAUCAAGUCCGACUCGUUUGAUGACUGAGUGAUUAUGGAUCAUGAAAAUGAUUCAUUGUAAUUGACAUCAGUCCGACUCGUGUGAUGACUGAGUGAUUAUGGAUCAAGGAAUUGUAUUUUACUUGUCUUUUGACUUUGCUAACUUCUCUGAGUCUGUCAUUUUUUCUGCAAAGCUAUAUUUUUUCUGUCAAUAGGGAGACAUUUUACAUAUGGAUGGGUAAUAUAUGUAUUUUAAAAAGCAAUCAUGGGAAUUCUCUAUUAAAAUAAUUUUGAUGGGGA